AUCUUGCGUAUCAGUGUUUGCCAGUGCCAUCCGGAAGGCGCACAUCGGGUUACGCGGGUAAACGCAGCGCGAUAAUCGCGAUCCGUGCGAGAUUCCGUGCCGAGCGUUGGUGCGUCGUCAAAUCAGGGGGGGGUAAAAAAAACUCAGGGAACGGUCGCGAGGGAGGCGGACGAAGGGUUCGUUCUUCGACACUAGGGUGGCUGUGGCUGGUGGUCGGCGGCGGUCGUCGGUCGGCGGUCGCUCGGUGGCGGCGGUAGUGGUGGUUGGUGGUGGUGGUGGUGGCGACGGCGGCGGUGGUGGUGGAUGCUCCGGGUUCCGCGAGUGUCCGCGAAAAACUAGUGCCGCGAGCCAUCAUGGCGAACCCACGGAAAUUCAGUGAAAAGAUCGCGCUGCUGAACCAGAAGGAGGCGCAGGACUCGGCGGCAUUCGAGGCGAUCAUGAAGGAGGUCUCGAACGUUACGAGCAGAGUGGCCUCGGCGAGCAGCUCGGUGGGUGCUAGUCCCACGGGAUCCGGCGUUCCGGAGACCCCGCUGUCCGUCAAGAGUGCCGGCGCCAGUCCACCGCAGUCCAGCGGCAAGCAUCUGCACAUUAACCUGGGAAAUCAGUUCAGGGCGGGUGGCUCGCUGCCGAACGUUAACAACAAUGUCAAUUGCGGCAACGACGCGAAAGAGCACUCCUCGCCGCAUCCCGGCGCGAUCCACUCGAUCGACCUUAAGACGGCGCUCAGCAAUCUGGAGGAGCACAAUGCCAUGUACCGUGGCGACAACAGGAGCCGGAGCAUGGGGGUUGGACCUAUGCGAUCAUCGCGCCCGAUGGAGAAGAGGCACGACACGUCGCCGUACAGCGGCGUGCCUUACCUGUCGCCACCGCCGCCAGACACCUGGCGGAGAACGAACUCGGACUCCGCUUUGCAUCAGAGCGCCAACGAGGCUUGCCAAUCAACCUCCGCUAUGUCUCAUCGACGAGGUAGCGACGCAUAUCAGCACGCUAUGACCGGAAGCGGAAGCGACAACAGAGAUUCUCACCAUGGCUUCAUCGAACGACCAAGAUCCUCGUGCGAAAUGCCUAGAGUGCCUGGGAUUAACAUAUAUCCGAGCUCGCAACCACCGGGACAGCAAAUACCGAUAGGCAACAACACGGGGUCGUUGCCCGACUUGAGCAACGUACACUUUCCGUCACCACUUCACACUCCUCUGGACCAGGAGGAUCAUUCGAGUAGUACGCCGUUCAGCAAUAGUCCUCAAACGAGCAGUCCCACAAACCUGUCCAGCCCGACCAGCUUGGCACAAGCUGGUAGGCUCUCCUUUUCACAGGAUCCGUCAAGCGUCCAACAGGGUGUGGCACUGGAAAACAGCACAAGUACUUCGCAACAGGAUCUUCAGAGCUAUCCGCAGCAACCGGCGCCGGCGGCGACGUCUCACAGCCCGACUGCUGGCCAUUACAUUUAUCAACAACCGCACAGUCCUGUGCCGCAGAGUCCAAAAACGUCACACCAGCACCAGCAGCACCAGCACCAGCAGCAUCAGCAGCAGCAGCAGCAACAACAACAUCAACAAUCGCAGCUCAAUUCGUUGGGAUCGUAUAGAUCCACGCAGUCGGUGAACAGGCCGUCGCCGCAAUCGUCACCUAGUCUAACCGUUCAAGGAAGUCCCUUAAGUUAUAGCAAUAAUCCAUCGGCGCCGCCUAGUCCUACAGGACAUCCGGGUCCACCCAGCUUGACGUCCGAUGCUAUCGAUCAGAAUACUUAUUUCAUCAGUCAGGCGCAAGCGGCGACCCUCCAGCAGGAAUUCGAACAGUUCACAAUGGGACUGGAGUGGCCCAGAUUUGCGCAGCAGCUGAUGGAACUCGGUUGCACCUGGACCACGCAGAUAGAGAUGGACACGCCGGUGCAGGCGAACACGAUUGGGACGUUUAUCGGGUCACCGAAUCAUACUACGAAUUACACGCAGAGCGACGUGAUUAAUGUCGGUGGCGAAUUAGGCAGCGCAGACACGGGAUACUUUAGCACGAGUCCACAAAUGGGGACCUGCUAUCAACCUGCGACGACGACGACCACUGCUACUCAGCAGCUCACCCCGCAAACUCCAAAUACACCUACGAUUAUUCUCACAGAUUUUUCUGGUGCGGAUGAUCUUACGAAUCCGGAAUUUGUGAAAGACCUCGGAACGGCGAUGAUGGGUGAUUUUGACCCGGAAAUGUUCCCAUCGGACGAUGCCCUCAGACAGGGCCUUGAUCCGAUCGAUGUGGAUGGGCUACAAAUGCUCGCUGACCCUACGAUGGUUAUAUCGGAUUCCAGCGCUGAAGCCCACUUUAGAUUAGAUCGACUUUAAGGGAAGAAAUUUUACUCAUUUACCAACACUCGUGUCGACUAUUGCGUAGGAUAAAAUAAAAUUCUGUCCUGGUGUCGUGAUUAAUUCUUAAGACACUUUGACAUAUUUGGGGUACCACUUCUUGGGCACUGGCAGAUUUGCAGGGAAACGCGCGUCAAUAUGUAUAAAUGUUUAUAAAUUUUAUUUACCGCGUAUAAACUUAAGUAGAUUUAUACGCAGAUAUUUUUAUCUCGUUAAAAUGCUGUGCAUUUUUUUUUAUCUCAUAACCACCCGUACAUGAUGUCAGAUUUGUAUUGUUUUUCUUUUUAUGGAUAGCGUAUUUGCGUCUGAAAUCUUUUGAAAUAUUUUCUGGAAACAGGUCAGUGGUCAAUGAAAGUUGUUUCCCGCUCGUGAUAAACCGCUACUUGACGAUUAAGUAAUAUAUAUAAAAAUCUUUAUUAACCCUUUUUUUAUUUUACACUACUUUGUACAUUGUAUCAUGUAUGAUCUCUAAGAAGCACAAAAGAAAAGGUUUACUGAUUUA